AAUGGUGUCGUAGUUGAAAUUUUAAUUAUAUUAAAAACUAAAAAAUGGGCUUGUUUAUUAAAUGCAAAAUGACCGAUUAAGAAGAUUGAAAUAAUGUUUUCGGUAUUUAUUAUUUUAAACUGAAAGUGACCGCAAAGGAAAUUUUAAUAAGGUUCAUGAAAUUAACUAGCCAUCGAAAUUAUUUUUUCUUAAUGUUGCAUUUUUAACAUUUCAUCCUGGAAAUGAUGUUUUAAUGUCACCUCUAGUCUUGAUAAAGGCUAUGUUAUGAAGCGUUUGGUUGAAUCCCUUUGUUUCGAACUUGUGAAGUACAAACUGCGGCCUGCCAGUGUUCAGACCAACUCGAUGUUAAUCUAUACGGUUAUAUUUUUUGUGUUCCGCUCAAAAUAUGGCAAGCAAAAAAAAGUCCAAGAUACCACGCAAGAUACCACAAAUAAAACCUUCUAAAUAUGAGGCUUCUGAGGCGAUUCACACUAAUAAGAAAUAUUGGAAUGAAGUGUUCAACGAGUUAGACGAAUGUAAACCUUCCACAGUCAAGGAAAGCCAAAAACUCGCUGAAGUUUUGCCAAAAAAGCUUUACGAACGAGUGUGUGAUAUAUUAGAAAUACCUGCUGUUGAUCUUUAUCAAGAAAAAAGUAAGGAGACUGAAGAUUAUAAAAUUCGAAGACUAAUAAAAGAGCCGUUGCUUUCGUCUAGAAAAAGCCUCUAUAUUAAUAGAGAACUAGAUUCUGAUACCGAUGUAGAGUAUCCUAGUGAUGAAGAAAGUGAAAAAUUUAAACCGAAUGUUCAUCAAGAGUUUCUCAGUAAGCCGGAACGUGAGCAAGUCACGUGGGCCACUCGUUAUCUCCAACCAGAAAAGGAAGAAGAGAAGAGUUUGGUUCGGAAGGCGGAUGACCUUACCGACCGGAUUGCAAAUGACUUUUGUGAGUAUAUGAAGCAGUUGGGAGGCAACCAGCAGUCGCAGCUAUUUAUGCCAAAAGCUAUCAAAGAGCUUUUUCAAAUCGAGUUUGAUACCCACGUUGCUCGUAGUUUGAAGGUAGUGACUAAAGAAUUGCCCUGUGUUGAUGAUAAAAUUGCUACCGUGACGGGACAUCCCGAGAAGUCUGAAUAUGCAGCACUAGAGCGAGAAAUUACACGGGAUAUCAAGGAAGAGAUGAAGCCAGACAUAUACUUGGCGUUCAGUCGCUCAUUCCCCAGGCAAGACCAGUGGAGGGCCCCAAGGAACAACACCAAGGCCUUGUGGAGAUCAGCUCGACACGUGCCCAAAGACUUGGUCACUUUGAAAACGGUUUGGGAUGGCAUCACUAAUUUGAGGAGUGUGAAGGAAUACUGCCGGUGGAUGAUUGAGCACCCUGAACAUCGGCGGGCUCCAUAUCUCAGUAGCCUGGUUAUUUAGAUUCUGCUGUAAGUAAAAGACUACUCGCAAAGGUGGAAAACAUAUUCAACUGUAUAUGAUUACAUCUUUAUCCCUUACGGCGUAGACAGUGCCUUGCGUGGAAAGGCGACGUGAUACCGUAUGGCUUAUGGUGGAAUGGAGAUUAAAAUAGAGACCAUCGCCUUGAAGAAGAACCCUAAGUAUAUAAUCCUGUUAAAAUAGUUAAACCCGCUGAGAGGCUAAAGCGCUAGGAAUAUCCUCUUAAAUAUUUGUAUUUAAAAAACGCCACACAAUAGGUUUUGUUAUUUUUUUAUAAUAGAACGGAAAACUAAAAAGUGAACUAAAUCUUAUAGAUCACUUUUGUCCAUUAUAGGUACUAGUUAAUAAUAACAUAUUGAUAUUUAAAUUAGUUUUUUA